AUGUCUUCUUCCUCCGCACCCUCAGACGAAGCCGAGCGCCUGCACGCCUCACGUAUGGACCAAUCAUAUCGGAAGUUCGUCAACGGCGUGACGCUCGGCACGCUCUUCCUCGCCCCGAUAAUGGUGAUGCUCCCGCCACGACGUCUCAAUUUCACGUCAUUGGCAUGGGGCGGCGCAUUCGCCGCGGCUGCGGUACACAGGGAGAUACCCGCGAAGAUGGCCCGUCCAUUCCUGGAUAUCUCAAUGCCGAGGCGUGCGAGGGAACUUAAAGAGCAGAGGGAGCGGGACGAGCAGAGGAGGAGGAUGCUCGAUGCGCAGCCUGGUGCGGAGAAGGAGAAGGAUCUGGGGAAGAGUUAUGCUCCGAAGGAUUUGUUGGAGGAGAAGGCGAGGGAGAUCUGGAUGGGUGGCGAGACGGAGGGGUGGAAAGAGCGCAGGCUCCAGGAGGAGAGGGAGAAGCUGGCCCAGGGUGAGGGAUAUGGCUCGAUGAUCAUGGAGCAGAUUUGGGAGGUGUGGAAUUGGGGUGGUAAGAAGGGUGAGGACGACAACCCAGCGGAGGGAGCAAGCAGUUCAAAGGGAACGUGA